AUGAGCAUGUCGACUGGAGUAGUGCCGGCUCCGCUCUGCCAGGGCUUUCUGAAGAAACGGAAAGACAAAAUGAGGCUUCGGUGGGUGACUUACUGGUUCAGGCUUUACAAUACAACUCUCUUUUUCUACACUAAAAAACACGGGAGUGCUUUAGACCUCAGGGGCCAGUAUUACAUAUAUGAGGUUCAGUCUGUGCGGGAGGUCAGCAGAUCGGAGAACAAUCGCUAUCUGUUUGAGAUCACAAUGAAAAAUGGGAAGAAGAAAAUGCUGGCUGCAGAUACAGCUGAUGUCAGGCAGGAGUGGAUGGAGCAGCUGUGGAAAGCGAUGCUGCUGAAUGGCCCAGACAGAUCUGGAUCUCUCACCGAUGGGGAGCUGGUGCCAGAUAACAACCCUGAAAUUCGGUCUAGCCGGUGUGAAGAAUCAAAUAAUGAGACCAGCAGCACUUCAGUGAACAGCAUUGAUCAAGAGUCAUUCGAGUCCUUCGCUGUUGCUGAUGAGACACAAGACAGUUUGCACACAGGCAAUGAAAUGGAGCAAAGUACUGAGGAGUUUUUACUGACAGACUGUGACUACGAUGUUUUACCAUCUCGAAAACUUGCUGAAGAAGCCAUCUAUGACACUCCCCCUUCCAAAUGGUCAACCAAUUUGGGAGAACAUGAAGUGACUGAUAGCAUCUAUGAUUUCCCAAACCCUGUGAUUAGGAAAUUGACUGAACAUACAAUUGAAUCUCACAGCAGUAGUGAGAGGCCUGAGAGUGGUGGUCUUCUGAGUGACAUGAUAGCCUGUUUGGACAGUGAAUCUGCUGCCUGGGUCAAACCUGCUCCUCCGUGA